ACACACACACACACUUAUUAGAUGACAUAACCUACUUCUACCCCCAAAAUCCCCAAAUAUCUAUUCUUACGCUAUACUCCUCCUCCCUCUCUCCCUCUCUGCCUCUCUGUAUCUGUAUGUAGAGAGAGAAACUAAGAGUUGUGUGUUGUGGCGAUGAAAUUGGAAUAGAGAAACUAGUGUUUACAUUCUGAAAUGUUGUUUUGUUUGUAACGGAUCCAUCCAUCUCUUUCACAGAUUUGAUUUUUGUUAUUUCAAUGGCGAAGACUGGUGUUGUUGAAGGAGAUCCACUUACGGUUAAAGAGAUGGAGUUGAAAAGGGAGUUGCAGAGAUUAGUUAAGGCCAUUUUGUCUCAAGAGGAGAUUAAUGUUGAUGCUAUUGAUAAAACCCAGCAAAUCCUUCUUGCUUUGAAGGAAUUAAAACUUAAACGACGUUCAUCCUCUUUCGAUCUUCCUUUUCCUGAGGAAUUUCGAUGUCCGCUUUCUAAACAACUUAUGAGAGAUCCUGUCAUGCUUGCCUCCGGUCAGACUUAUGAUAGACCCUUCAUUCAGAAAUGGUUAAAAGCUGGGAAUAGGACGUGCCCUCAAACACAACAAGUACUUUCACAUACAAUUCUUACACCUAAUCACUUGAUUCGGGAUAUGAUAUCGCAAUGGUGUAAAAAUAAUGGGAUUCAAAUGCCAGACUCUGUUCAGUUUUUGAAUGAUGAAGGGUUGACUGAAGCUGACCGUGAUUUGUUCUUGUCGUUGCUUGAGAAGAUGUCUUCAACGUUAUCUGAUCAAAAGGUUGCUGCAAGAGAAUUACGUUUGUUAACGAAGAAAAUGCCUUCCUUUCGGUCACUAUUUGGAGAAUCUGCUGAUGCAAUUCCUCAACUUGUUCGUCCCCUAUCUCAAAGCAACAGCAAUGUUAAUCCAAAUCUCCAGGAAGACAUAAUCACAACACUUUUGAAUCUUUCCAUCCAUGACAACAAUAAGAAGCUUGUCGCGGAGACUCCAAAGGUUAUUCCACUUCUUGUGGAUGCAUUAAGGUCAGGAACAAUUGAAACAAGGAGCAAUGCAGCAGCUGCACUUUUUACAUUAUCUGCGCUUGAUUCUAAUAAAGAGCUUAUAGGAAAAUCUGGUGCCCUGAAACCACUGGUUGAACUUCUAGAUGAAGGGAACCCAGUCGCAAUGAAGGAUGUUGCUUCAGCUCUUUUUAGUCUAUGCAUUAUUCAGGACAAUAAGGCGAGAGCGGUUAGAGAUGGUGCUGUGAGGGCUAUACUGAAAAAGAUUAUGAGUAACGUGCACGUCGAUGAGUUACUAGCUAUACUAGCUAUGCUAUCAAAUAAUCAAAAGGCAGUUGAGGAGAUGGGAGACCUUGGGGCGGUUACAUGUCUGCUUAAUAUAAUAAGGGAGACCUCGUGUGCUCGCAGCAAGGAGAAUUGUAUUGCAGUCCUUUAUACAAUCUGUUACAGUGAUCGAACCAAGUGGAAGACAUUAAGGGAUGAGGAGAAAACGUAUGGGACAAUCUCUCAACUUGCUCAAAAUGGUACAGCAAGAGCCAAGAGAAAGGCUAAUGGUAUUCUUGACAGACUGAACAGGGCUAUCAAUCUUACUCAUACUGCAUAAAAGAAGCCAGCAGUUUGAAGAACAAAAUGUGUAAAUUCUGUUCAAUCUUUGCCCUCUUUCCUUUCAUAAAAAGUAUUUGAGGCAUGUUGUGGUUCGUUUGCAACCUUACAUUUUGUACAUUCUAUCUGAGAUUUACAAGUAAUAGUGAUUGUGAAUAAUUUAUUAUGAAGGAGUUUUCGUAAAAGUAA